UUUUGAAAUUCUGCGGAAAUCCAGAAAUGGUUUAAUCGGGUGGCAUGACUGAAGCGACUGCUCAAGGUGCUGCUCGUGGAUCAUUGCAGAAUGAAGGAGAUUCAUCUCUCCUAAGUAACGAACCACCUGGACAGAACGAAGAGUAUGAAGGUGCGAACUCUGGACAGGCUGACCAUACGCAACAGUCUUCGACCUCCACCGCUGCCACGACUACUACCGCUGACGCAUCCAAUGAAUCACCUCCACGUCAGACUAGGCAACAGCUUCCUCGCACCAACCCGGUUACAGAUAUGUUUAAUGCCAGAAUUCAGCUAUCUGAAGCCUUCUUUCGGAGGGUGGCAAUGGGCUAUGCGCGUCUUUUCCCUCUCACAGCCAGACGUAUAAUAGAAUUCGGCUUUUUGGUCCAGGCAUUUUUCGUGUUAGGUGUUUUCAUCCACCUGCAUUUGAUGUUCGUCCGAUCCCCCAUCACGUGCCUGGAUAAACUACGCACCAAUUACCAACCAGCUCCCAUAUUAGAGAGCGCCGUAAAUUUGUUCGAUGAACCGGAACCGAUUGCGCGAAAUCACUAUGCCCCUGGAGAUCCAAGUACACCCAGAGAACCGUGGCCUCGUUAUGGUAUUUUACGAGUCGAGGUCAUCCGACAUCCUGACCCACGAUACAGUCUGGCGGAUUCCUAUGCGAAGGAAUUUUAUGGCUCUGCGUUUAACUACGGUGAUGAUGUGGACGAUCUGUUUUCAACUGAGGAUGAACAAGAUGUAGACACAGAUAUACUUGAAGGUAGUAGAGUCGCUGGAAAUGCAAUUCACACGCCAGCGCCACCGGUAGGUAGCACCAGACCCAGAUUACUGUUCCACGAACCGGGAAAACUGUGGACUGCGAUCCUUUCCGCCCCGGGAUAUAUUUCUCAGUACCUCCGGGAAACAAUUGAGUUCAUUUAUGGAUUCGUCCCCUUACGGUCCAACAACAAGCUACCAGCGCAGUCCCCGAAGGCAUCCCCUGAACCGUUUGUCAAGCGUCAUUUCAUUCGUAUUUUGUCUUACCUGGGCAAUACAGUCGCUCGCCUUUCCACUUCGGUCGUGCAGUUUUUUCGCGAUGCCUCUCAUUGGCUUCAUAACUUCCAUGUUCCAGCACACGAAGACAAUCACAUUAUUGAGUACGCACUUGAAUAUGGUUUCUUGCGCUUAUCACCGGCAAUGCGCAAGCGUCUCAAUAUCACUGUGAAACUUGUGGUUUUGGACCCCGAUGUAGACGCCUGUUUUGGAGGGGUCGUCAGUCGAUUUCUAAUGGAGGAGUUCUUGGGUUACGACGACCUCCUGUUGGGCAGUAUCAAACACUUGGCUGUCAGCGAAUCAGUCAAGGGACAUAUGGCUAAUGUGGUAUCCGGGCAACACUACCGUCUUGUUUCCGCCCAGAUGUCUCGAUCCUCCUACCUGGUCGCCACUUUGGUUAUGCUAUUGUUUACUUUCUGCGUAUCUGUGCUCUUACGGUACUCGAGUCACCAACUGGUUCUCGUUAUCGCGGACAUUCUCCAAGUAUUCGAGACGAAUGUGGCGGUUGGGAUACCAGCAACCCCUUUCAUGACUGUGAUACUUGCGCUUGUGGCUAUCGAAACCAUUAUGUCGGAAUUCUUCGGAGAUUCCUUCACUGCCUUCUAUGUGAUCCUCAUUGUGAGCAUCUGUGAUCACUACGAGGCCAUCUUUUGUAGAACGGAAAUCAGUCGCCGGUAUUGGCCAAGGUUCUUCUAUCUGUACCACGUUGCAUUCUACGCCUACCAUUACCGAUUCAAUGGUCAAUUCAGCAGCAUGGCCUUGUGGGUUUCAUGGCUUUUUACCCUACAUUCGAUGAUCUAUUUCUUUCAUCAUUAUGAACUGCCGAAUCUGUUGAGCGACUGGGAGUUACGAGAGUUUUUCAACCAUGUUGGUUCAGGUGAUCAAAUCGUUGGUCACUUCCAGAUCCAGCUGCGAACGCAGCCGUGGUCCGGGUCUGUGGAGAUUGUCCGCUCGAUAGUUGAUGCCUCGUCAAUAUCAACACAACGUAUACAAACUCCGAGUCUCAUGGGCUCAAGUCCAGGGACCUCUGUGGCUGCGGAAGAAUCAGAAGAUUUGCAUUCGGAAGAAUCAGAAUAUUUGCAUUCGGAAGAAUCAUCUCCGUCACCAGAUCACGACCCGCUGUCUUCUCCACAACUCUCUCCGGGCGGUGACGUAGCAACAGGUUCCGACUCCUGUAUUACAGAGGAAAAAGCCUGCAGUUCAGCCUCCGUGUUCCUUUGAUACCACUCCGAAUACAGAUUCCCCUGAAUUAGUUUCCCAGGAGUGAAACGUGAUUUUGUGCUUUCCAUAGCGCUCUUCGUUUAAUUGCCCCCGCUGUGGUUUCGUUUUUCUCUUCUUUUUAUGGAACCAGUCAAACGAGUUUGAUGAUUGUUAAAACAAUCGCAUUUUCUCCUCUCACUCCUUGACUCCAUCCGUUAAUUCUUCUGGUCUUUCCCGACAGUCCUUAACCUUCUGCUUUCAGGCACUUUCCUUGGAUACCAGACUGUGUUCUAGGGUGCCCCGUCGUCCAAUACAAUCUCCUCUCCAGUGUGGGGGACGAUACUCGGC